AAAGAUUCUAGAACUCAACAAGAGAAACUUGCUUAUUGGUCCGUGUUGCUGGUUCCUUUGUCAAAUCUCAAACUUCCUUCCUUCCCCCUCAAAAUCCAAUUUUGAUUUCUCGUUUAUCGACUCUCUGUCAAUCCCAUCACACACCAUGAAUUUAGGGUUUCAAACUCUGUCUGUAUAGUAUUUUUACCAUUUUUCAUUGCUGCAAAAAAAAAAAAAAAAUGAGAUCGGAAAUGGUGACUCUGAUACUGGUGAACCUCGCCGGAAUCAUGGAAAAAGCCGACGAGUCUCUCCUUCCGGCGGUCUACAGGGAGGUUGGGUCGGCUCUCCACUCCGACCCGACCGGUCUCGGAUCCCUCACCCUCUUCCGCUCCAUUGUUCAGUCCUCUUGUUACCCUCUCGCCGCCUACCUCGCCGUCCGCCACAACCGCGUCCACGUCAUAGCCUACGGUGCCUUCCUCUGGGCCGCCGCCACCUUCCUCGUCGCCUUUUCCUCCAGCUACUUCGAGGUGGCAGUAUCAAGAGCUUUGAAUGGGAUUGGCCUCGCAAUAGUUGCACCAGCGAUUCAGUCCCUUGUAGCUGAUUCAACAGAUGACAACCAUCGUGGUACGGCUUUUGGAUGGCUACAAUUAACCAGCAACCUUGGAUCAGUUAUCGGUGGACUCUUUUCUUUGUUGAUAGCUCCAAUGACAUUCAUGGGAAUUCCCGGUUGGAGACUAGCCUUUCAUCUUGUUGGUAUAAUCAGUGUCAUUGUGGGUAUAUUAGUUCGCAUUUUUGCCAAUGAUCCACACUUUCCAGAUGGUGAUGCUAAGCUUACCAAUCAAAUUCCAAGUAAACCCUUCUGGUCAGAAGUGAAAGACCUGUUUCAGGAAGCCAAGUCAGUUGUGAAGCUCCAAUCCUUUCAGAUUAUUGUGGCUCAGGGUGUCACUGGUUCGUUUCCCUGGUCAGCUUUGUCAUUUGCCCCCAUGUGGUUGGAACUUACUGGCUUCACCCAUGAGAACACUGCGUUCCUGAUAGGUAUGUUUGUGAUCGCUAGUUCACUUGGGGCACUGUUUGGAGGUAGGAUGGGGGAUAAGCUAUCCAAGCACCUCCCAAAUUCUGGCAGGAUUAUUUUGGCACAGAUAAGCUCAGCAUCAGCCAUUCCUCUGGCAGCAAUACUACUACUAGGUUUACCAAACAAUGCCUCCACAAUGUUAAUGCAUGGCUUGAUCUUGUUCAUUACUGGGUUCUGCAUAUCUUGGAAUGCUCCGGCUACAAACAAUCCAAUUUUUGCAGAGAUUGUCCCCGAGAAAUCCCGAACAAGUAUAUAUGCUUUGGAUAGAUCCUUCGAGUCUGUACUAUCGUCAUUUGCUCCCCCUAUAGUUGGGAUACUGGCUCAGCAUGUUUUCGGCUAUGAACCCCUUCCUGAAGGGUCCAAAGAUAUUGCAACAGAUAGAGCGAAUGCUGCUUCACUUGGCAAGGCACUAUAUGCAGCAAUAGGAGUUCCGAUGGCACUGUGUUGCCUCAUCUAUUCUUUUCUCUACCACACCUACCCAAGAGACAGGGACCGUGCUCGGAUGGAGGUUUUAAUAGAAUCAGAGAUGGAACUGCUGGAGGCGGAAGUUCAGUUCUCUGAAUCAAAAGAGCUUUAUACAGACAAACAAAGCAUUGUUGAAAUGGGUUAUGAAGGUAGACAAAGUCUUGAUUUUGAAGAUAGUGAUGAGAAGAUGUUACUUUACCGACAGUUGACAUUCUCCAAUUUAGGUGAUAGCCUCUCGGACAAGUUUGCCUGAUCUAUCCGUCAACAUAGGAAAUUGUUGUUGUUUUUAGUUAGUAUAAAUCAUGCUGGAAAAUUAUAUUUUGUGAUGAAAGAGGCAAAUUUUGGAAGGCGUGAAAAUGCUUGAAGAUUUGCACAAACCAGAUAUGCCUCUCAGACAAGUUCGCCUGAUCUAUCUCUCAACAUAGGAAAUUGUUGUUGUUUUUAGUUAAUAUAAAUCAUCGAAAAUUAUAUUUUGUGAUGAAAGAGGCAAAAUUUGGAAGGCAUGAAAAUGCUUGAAGAUUUGCACGAACCAGAUAUCCAUCUUCUGUUGUUCGGCGACUGGGAGGUUGCCCAGGCACGGAAAUGUAGUCAAAGAACUGAUUGAAGGGUGUUAGAUUUUUUUGAGCUAGUUUUGGUUAUUUUGUUGCCAGUUGUAUUGUAAUUUAGUAUAUCAUGAGACCCUUCAAUCUUUUGUAAAACACACAAGUUUGUAAAUUUUGAAGUUCACACAUUAUUCUUUUUACCAUUA